AGAGCGUCUCUCUCUGGAAACACCGUUCCAGACUCACGCAUCAGGAUGGCCAACCCAGAUUUUUCGAUUGAGCUUGGUUCUUGGAGUUCGUUGGAGGAAGUUAAAACCUUUGGGCCUUUCCGACCUCGACUUGGUCAUUGGAAUACUGAUUUGCGAAUUCAUUUUAGGAGGUGCCGAGCGAUAAUUGGAAUCUAUGCGCGAAGGUUACUGUUCACAGGAUUUCAUUCGCAGGUUUUUUCAGUUUAGAUUUGGGUUUCAGUAAAUUAGUUGAUAUAGUUGUCGAUUACUGGUCUAUCCGAACGACCUAGGGUACCUGGAUUUUGUUUUUCUGCACUCUCGUUUUUUAGGUCUGAAAAUCGGAAAUGCGGAAAAAUAAUCGAGAAAUGGGGGGAAACACCAGGAUGCGAACUACUCGAGCUUCUUCGAGAUUUAAUGUGUUGGGAGAUAUUGAUGUUGAAUUCCCAAUCCUAAAUAAGGAAAAACCUUCUGUGAACUUGGUGAAUAUGAACGAGUUUCCCCCAAUUCAUACCUCGGUGCAGCAGGGGAUUGACCACAAGAACAGGGCUGCGAGUUCGGCAACUGCUGUAUCUCCUGCGUCACAAACUAGUGCUGCAACACUUGAUACAUCUGCUGUAUCACCUGUGAUUUCUGUUCCAGAAAAGGAGGUGACCAAUGGGACUACUUCUACACCGACUGUGAAGGAUCCUCCUAAGGCUGAACAGACUGUUUUAUCACCAAAACAAUUGGCAGAGAAUGCACAGAUUGAACCUAGUUCUGGCCAUCAAGAUGGAUUGAGGGUUGCUAAAGCAGGAGGUUCAGCUGCUACAGGGGGAUUUCAAGCUGAUGAAGUGCAGCCUAUUACUGAAGUUGGGCGACUUGGACAAUUUACCGAAACUCUGGGAAAAACAAGGACUGCUGUUAACAAAACUGCUGCUACUCCUGGGUUGACGCCAAGUGGAGAAGCAGGGGACAGAAAGGGGAGAAAGGAGCCGGAUAUAGUUGCUAUUACUGCCAAUUUGGAAAUACCACCAAAGGAGAAAGCAUGGUCAUCCCUUUUCAAGGAUAACCGAGACCCUUCAAACGGCCUAAAAUUGAGGUAUAUUCCGCCGAAAGGCAAAUCCUUAGACUUUGGUGAUAGAAUAUUUCCCUCUAUGAUUGAGAUGUGGGGAUUUUGUCUUGUUGGAUAUAUUACCGGAAAAUUUCCCGGACUUAAGGCCAUUUAUAAUUUGAAGAAUACCUGGGGUGUUAGUUGCCAAAUCAAAACACAUGCUAAGGGAUGGAUUAUUUUCAAAUUCCAAAAUGAUGGGGAUAGAGAAAAAGUGUUGAAUGGGGGUCCCUAUACCAUUUUUGGAAUGCAACUAUUGCUAAAAUCACUUUCAGAGGACUUCUCCUUCGAUGAUGAUGAAUUUCUUAAAGUCCCCAUUUGGGUUAAAUUUCCCAAUCUACAUAUGAAACUAUGGAAUGAAGAGGUUAUGAGCGAGGUUGCAUCUAUGGUAGGGGUCCCGCUUUCUACGGACAAGGUCACUCAAAAUAGGAGCAAUCAUCAUUUUGCUAGAGUUCUAAUUGAGGUGGAUGUGUCUAAACCGCCCCGGUUAUCAUUUCCUAUACGAUUACCUUCUCGUAAAGUAGUCAAUCAAAUGGUGGUUUAUGAAACCUUCCCCAAUUUCUGUUUCCAUUGUAAAAUGUAUGGGCACCACCCUUUCAUUUGCAAAAAAUUGGCAUCAAAAGAACGAGACUUGGCUAUUGUUGAUAAGAAGGAGGAUACUGUGAAUGAGGUUUCUCAAGUGGAAAUUGUGGAAAUUGCUGUACCUGCUGCCCAGCCAGCUGCCCAGGAGCCUCCAGAUGUUGCUGCUCACCCGACCGGGUGCUGCUCUGACCCGACCGGGUCUACUGGACAGUCACUGUCCCAGGGGCCUGCCAGCGCUAAUUUGGGCGCUAGUUUGCAC